GCUGGUCAAGUGUUAGAAUAAAAACCACCUGCGUCCUGUUCCUCAUCACUCCUGCCUCAACACAGACUCACACAGCAUCUCUGAUUCUGAGCAGCAGAUAAAAUGCUCAUUAUCUGACAGAAUCACUCUCCAUUCUCCACUGUUUCUGGAGUGAAUUCAGACUAUAAAAGUACGACCAUCAGCUCAGAGACACCAUCAUCUACUGAUGAACAUCUUCAAGACACAGUCUGAUUCAGCGUAUGUUACAACUGUUGCUCAAUAAACAGCAUUCACUGCAGCUUCCCCAGUCGUCUUGAUCCUCACAUCACAAUCAACAGCGCUUGGAUGUGUUUUUACGGUGUGGAGUUGAUGGAAAAUAUAACGCUGAACGUUCUCCUUUGACUUCUCUGUGGAACAAGAAACACAAACCAACUGGACAAGUUCUGUCAUAAAUAAAUUUGUGAAACAAUGGCACAACAUAACACCAGCAUCAAUGACUCAACUGCAUCAGAAUCCCGUUUAUUAUUAUUUUGGGAGUUGUUUAAAUUAAUAAGUAAACAAGAUGCAGAACUUGUAUUUGUCCGUGUCCUUUCAGUCAUUGAGAUUCCAGUCAUGAUCUUAACUCUGAUUGGCUUGUGUUUCAUCAUCAAAUCCCGGCCUGCUGCUUCAGUUUUUAUUAGUAAUUUGAUACUUUCAGAUCUCAUACAGGUCAUUUGUAUGUUAAUAGCAGUAGUAGAAACAAAAACAACAACCUCAUGGACACAUACAUGGAUUGGUGCAUAUCUCUAUUCUUUGAUUACGGGUCUGUAUUUUAUGGCAUGUGUUGCUCUUGAACGAUAUCUUCUGAUUUCUCAUCCUAUCUGGUACAAAUAUCACCAGUCACUCAAACUCUCCUGUUUUAUUUCUGUGAUCGUCUGGUUUGUGCCUCUGAUCUUUGCAGAAGUAAACCCUCCUCGUAUUUAUUUUAAUCGUCCACCCAUGUGUGUAGCGUGUUUAAUUCCCUACAUUAUAAUCAUUCUCUGUUUUGCUGGCACUCGUCGAGGUCUUUCUCGCUCAAUAUCUCUGACUGCUCUUCAGCGCAAAUUAAUUUUGGGCAGUUUGUUCCUGGUGCUGUUGACUUACACAUUUCUCAUUCUGCCUUUUGUGAUUGUGGUAUUUAUUGUACAGUUUCACAAUCUCAAAUUUGCUAUAAGAGUUUACCGCUGUGCACGAUUGCUCGUGUCUGUGAAUCCACUUGCUGACUGUGUGCUGUACAUGUUCAUAAGGCCUGAUGUUCGUAAUAUGAUGAAGUCUGUUUGUUGCUGUCGUAGACAUCAGAGAUUGAAUCACAACCAGGACGAACACUCUGUAGUGAAUCCACAGAACAGCUGCUGUACUGUAGUGUGCUGUAUUUCAGCUCAAGAGCCUGCAUCUCAUUCACUGAACACCACAGGUGUGAAGUAA